UUACACUGACAAGUAUUACCCAGUGUGUAAAACAGUUGUUAGUAACCUACCUAGUAUGAUCAAUCUUGUAGCAAUAAGUAUGAGUGGUAUAACAAUGAGUCAUGAUGAUACUACUACAUUUUGUAAUUUUCUUGAGAGAACCAGUCAUCUUGAACAAAUACAUCUUUAUAAUGCUAAAUGUGAGUGUGAGAACCAGCAUGGUGUAAAUUUAUCAAAACAUCAACAACUUCAGUACCUUCAUAAGGAGCACUUAUUUUAUGUUAAAGACCAGACUUCAGACCACUUUUCUUUUAUAAAUGUACUAGAGAAAUCUGGUGAAUGGGAUAGAUGCAUUACAAGAGGAAGUGAGACAGCUGCAAAACAAUUAAUUGAUAGAGAAAUUUUACCAUCUCAAAGAGAGUUGCACAAGGCUUGUCGUGUAUUUGGAGUAGGUUCACACAUACUUUCUGAAAUAUGCUCUAUGAUAAGCUAUCAAAUCAUUAAAAAAUCAGAAAAUGUGAUUGAUGUAUGGCCAUCCUAUCAAAAUGAUCAUGUACUUUCAAGUAGCUAUGUGUCUAUUGUUUUUGUAGUAGUGGUUAAGAAAAAUUCCAUAUUUUUGGUAUCCAAAUAUAAUUAUGAAUGCUACAUCAAAAGUGAAAAUGACAGUUCUGAAAUGAAAAUUGUAGCUGUUAAAGAAAUGGAAUCUGAUCCAAGUGACAUUCAAUCUUCUAAUGCUGUUCUGGAAAAUAUUAGAAAAUGUGUAAACAAGAAUGCUGAUGAUCUUCUUCAAAAACAUAGUAAUCUAAAUGUGAUUUUGCCAAGUUUGAUGAAAUCAGUAGGUUAUACGUCAGGCAAGCAUGACAUUAAGAUUGAACCUUGCAUAGCUCUCUAUGUUUCAGUAAAGGGAUAUAUACCUCUAAAUGAGACACCAUUUGAAAAAGAAAUUGAUGGAUUCCCAACAGAUGUUUUGGAGGGAGAAUUUGAACCAUUUAUAGGAGGACCAAACCAUUACCAUGAACAUCUUAAGAUGGGUGUUGCAAUACAUGCCAAUGUUUCAAUCGGAAAUAAAAUCUUCGGGGGAACUCUUGGAGGAUUUAUAAACCAUUCAGUGCAUGGAUUAUGUGGAAUAACAAGUGCACAUGUUGUUUGUGAUAGUGCUGAAUUAGCAAGGAUGAAAGAUGCUAAAGUCUUAAGUUUACAAAAGAAGGUUUAUCAGCCUAUAGAUGCAGGUAUAGAUGAAAGCAUGUCAGAGUUUGGUGAAGUUGUUCUGGCUAUUUACAAAGAAGGAAGUGAGUCUGAAUCUGGAAUGGAGGUUGCUCUUAUAGAAAUAAAAAAAAGGCAACCGAAGGAUGGUAGUUUUCCUGAGGCAUGCAAUGAUAAUGAAGCAGGGUUUGGCUCGCGUGAUCAGUUGUGCUUUAACUCUGGUGAAGUGUGUGAAAUAUCAGCUGUUGAUAAAUGGACUGCCGUUUUCAAAUUUGGCAUGAGCUCCGGGAUUACAAGAGGAGGCUUUAAUUUAUACGGAGGAGUAGUGCGUGAAAGUCUCAAAGGACACUUGAACAGUUUUGAAUAUUAUCUAAAAAAUCAAAUAAUGAUUCUUCAACUUGGAGAUACCCCUUUUGCGAAAAAUGGAGAUUCUGGUGCGUUAGUUUUCAUAAAAGGAACACCUGAUUUUGCUGCUAUUGGCAUUGUGGAAGGUGGUAUGGGGUGUUAUGUGUUUGUCACCCCAAUUUGUGAUAUUUUAACAGCUGUUGGUUGUACGAAAAUGUGCCAAUUUACGCCAGGAUGUAAUGCAGUUUUGACUGAUUCAGGUGAUGAAAUGGAUGUUUCUUAAUUGUUUAAUUAGCAAACACGAAAAAAGAAAAUGAAUUAAAAUUGUAAUGAAAUUUUGUGAUUUCAUAGUGUAUUGAGUGAUAUGCCGUGCUCAAGUGGAGGUGGGUUAAUAAAAUUUGCCAUUAUUCAUCUGUCCUCCAAAGUAAUCUUGCUGUCGCAUGUUAUGUCACAUUAAGCUUUAAAAGUGCUUGAGCUAGUAUCAACAAACAUUACUGCAAUGUUGAUCAGCAUUUAAAGUUGUGCAACUGGGGUUACUCAUGUGGAAUAUUUAACUUUUGUCAGAGUUAUUGCUGCUUGACUAAGUAAAUAAUUUGCAAUUGUCAAUUUCUGCCCCGCGUAGCUCAAAAUAUAAUUGACCUACAGUCUUGAAACUACAUAGGAAUAUAAGUCAGCAUAAUAUGUAAAAGUGCAUCUGUGGAUUUGCUUGUGGAUUUAUUCAGUGGGUUGGCGCAACACCCAUAUCCGGGGCAUUAGCUUCUACAUUGCGAGGCAGAAUUUUUAUAUAACUUUGUAAAAAUGUUCUCAAUAGUGAGGCGGAGUGUAAAAAUUGUUGUUCUUUUCUAUAUUGCUUUGCAUGUGAUGACAGGUCCAUAUCUUGAUCGGUCAAUAAACAGAACAGUUUCCCAUCAAGCACUUAAACACAGGGAACUAAACAACUUGUUAUUGGGAUCAUUUGAUGAACCCAGUUGUUUUUAGGGUCACUUGGUCAAUAGUCAAAGUCACAAUGACAAACGUAAAUGGCUAAUUAGCUUAGCGGGCAUACAGGUUUAACAAACAUAUUUUGUUUAUAUUUUAGAGAUUCCUUCCUUCUUUGUUUGUUUUAUGUUGUUAAGAUUAAAAAAAGUUAAAGAAAUUAUAAUUAUGCAAAACAAAGUGUACAAGUUUAUACUGUUAGUAGGUAUUACCCAAAUUGUGAAGUUAAAGGGACUUCACUGAGGUUUUAGGACAUUGUAUUCCUUAUAUUUUUAUACAUUUUUCUUUUUUAAUUAUUUAUGUGUGAAAUUUCAGAUUAUUUGCUCACUUUGUUUUUCCAAAAUAUUAAUAAUCAUUUUAGCCAGACAAGUCAAAGAAUAGCGAGAGCUAAUAUUACUUACCAAAGUGUCGCAUUGGGGACACACUUUGGCUAAGUAACUACUGAGAAAAUGAGUUGCCAAGCUUGUUCUCUUUGAUUAUCUUACAUGAUUACCACAAGACCCAUAACCUGUGAAAAGGUGAGCUUUGAGAUCUCAAUUUGUCCUGUCGGCAUCCGUCUGUACACUUUUACUUUAAAUGAUAUCUCCUCAUAAACCGCUUAGCCAAUUUCAUCCAAACUUUACAGGAAUGUUCCUUUGGUGGUCACCUUUGAAAAUUUUUAUUCCAUGCAGAACUCUGGUUGCCAUGGCAACCAUAAGAAAAAACAUUAAAAAUCAUCCUUUAAAAAAGCCCAAAGAGCUUAAAUAUUUGGCAUUAAAAAAACUUCUAGUGAGUGUCUUCCAAGUUUGUUCAAAUGAAAGCACUGGGGUUAAAAUUGGCCCAGCCCCAGUUGGUCAUUGAUUUUCCAUAUAUAUGUACACAACUUUAAUGUUUUUACACAUGUACUAUUUCAGAUACAAAUUUUGUAUCACUUUGUGAUAUUAGUUUAAGAUUUUCAUUUUAUAUCUGCUUUUCUAUAGUUUAAAAUAUUAGAAUAUUAAUUGUUUCUUGAUAUGGAGGGUUUUUAUAUUCAGGUGAACAAUUUCAGGGCCAUCAUGGCCCUCUAGUUUGAUAUUUAAGACCAUUUUGUCUUUGAAAUUCUUGGUUAAGUUUUUGCAUGUAAGCUGAUAACUCCAUAACUAGUGAGGGGUUGAUUUUAACUUCAUAAAUCUAUUUGAAAGUAAUAGGAAGUCACUGUAUUAACUUAAAGCAUGAAUGUUUGUUUGAAUUAUUGCCUAUUUUGAAGUUAGAAAAGUCUUUAUUAUCCAUCACUGUGGAUAGUUGAGCACACUGUUCUAUCAACAGCGUUGGUAGUUCAAAAUGAUAGAAAAGUACUUAAAUGAGUGUGCCAAAAAAUUACACUUAAUCAUAUUAUAUUUAUUAUAUUACUAUAUUAUAUUUUCAAUUUUAUUCGGAAUAUGUUUAUAGCUUACCUGAGCACAAAUUGCUCAAGAUGAGUUUUUGCGAUCACAAUUUGUCCAGCGUCUGUCGUCAACUCUUUAUUUAUACAAACGGGAUGUUCAAUCAUAAAGCUCUACUAAAAUUGUUCAAGUGGUUCUGCGCAAUUGAACAUCAGAGUCAGGAGGGCUAAAAAUAGAUUUUCGAAAUGAAAACAUCAUUUACUGAAACUCUGCAAAAGUUGUUCAAAUAAAAACCCUGGGGUCAAAAUUUGCCCCGCCAUGGGGGUAUUUGAUUUUCAUUAUGUACCUAUUGUAAAAUCUUUAAGAAUCUUCUCCUCUGAAAUUGCAUGACCUAGAGCUUAGAUAUUUUGUGUGUGGCAUCAUGUAAUGAAACUCUACAACAAUUGUUCAAAUUAUAGCCCUGGCGUCAAAAUUUGUGUGUAACAUCAUCUAAUGAGACUCACUCAAAUUGUUCAAAUUAUAGCCCUUGGAUCAAAACUGAAAAUAAUAAAAAAGCAUAACUUCUGAAUUUGCUUUGCCAAGAGCUUUGAUAUUUUGUGUGUGGCAUCUUGUAAUGAAACAUUACAAUUUUUUUUUCAAAUUAUAGCCCUGGGGUCAAAAUUGGCCUUGACCCUGAGGUGGUCAUUGAUUUUCCUGAUAUGUAUAUUUAUAGUUAAAACUUAAAGAAUCCUAUCCUGUGAAAGUGCAAGGCCUAGAGCUUCAAUAGUGUGUGUGUGUGGCAUCAAGUGAUGAAACUCUACAAAAAUUGUUCAAAUUAAAGCCCUGGGUUCAAAAUUUGCCUUGCCGCGGGGGUCUUUGAUUUUCAUUAUUUACAUAUAGUUAAAACUUAAGUGCAAGGCCUAGAGCUUCAAUAUUGUGUGUGUGGCAUCAUGUAAUGAAACUCUAUAAAAUUGUUCAAAUUAUACCAAUAGGGUCAAACAUAGGCCUUGCCUCAGGGGGUUCAUUGAUUUUCCUGAUACGUAUAAUAGUAAAAACUUAAAAUCUACUUGUCAAAGACCAGAAGGUGUACGGCCUUGAUAUGUGUUAUGUAACAUAAUCUAGUGGUCUUCUACAAAAAAUGUUCAAAUAAUAGCCCUCUGGUCAAAAUAGGCCUCGCCUCAGGGGGUCAUUGAUUUUCCGGAUUUGUAUAUACAGUAAACUUAACUUAUAGCGAGUACUUCCAGUUAUAAGGAAAAUUUUUUUGCCUGCAUUUUUUACCUUCUGCUUAUUUAACAUAAACAUAUACGAUUAUUGCGAGCACGGUUAUAAGGAAUAAUCGCUUAUAAGGAAUUCAUUUCUCAGUCCCAAUUUAGAUAAAAGAAGAGAAAAUUACACUUUUGUUACAAACUCAAAAAUAUCAGUAAAUAAAUCCUGCAUAUUCAACUUUUGUUUUCAUUGGAAACGGAUUAAAACUUGACCGAAUGUACCGUUUAUUGUUGUAUGUACUUCAAUACAACUAUGAAUAUGAAUUUUUGUAGCAAUACAUAAUACAAAAAGUUUUCUAUUUAGGAUAUUUUUAGCACGGGUUCUUGUCACCAAUAAAAAGGUAAUUCCUUUUAUUUGCUUACCAGAGUCGAAGGCUCAGGGUGAGCUAUUAGUAUCAAAGGGGGAUGCUCCAGUGUCCGUCGUCCGUUAUCAUGUGUCAACAAUCGUCUUCUUCUCUGAAACUACUAAGCAGAAAUACAUCAAAUUUAGUCUGUAGCAUCCUUGUGGCAGUCACACUUGAAUUUGCUCAUGUCAUUCAAAUUGGCCGCUUUUAGGGGCCGCUGAAGCUAAAAAUAGAAAAAAAUAAACGUCUAUUUCUACAGAACUAAUUGAUGGAUGAUCACCAAACUUUGUCUUUAGCAUUUUUAGGUAGUCUUUAAUCAAGUUUGCUAAUAUUAUUUUGAUUGGCCCCUUUUAGUUGUCUCUAGGGCUAAAAUAGAAAAACCUUUAAACAAUCAGUUCGUUAUAUGUAAAUCUGCUGGCUAUUAAAACUCCUUAUACAAGGAACUAAUUCGCAUUAUGCUUUCAAGGAACUCCGCAUAUAAGGAACAAAUUUUGAAUGUCCCAAAAUCUGCUUGUCAAAAAAUAGAAGAUGUAGAGCCAAUAUUUGGUAUGUAACAUGAUCUAGUGGUGCUCCAUAAAGAGUGUUCAAAUUAUUACCCCAGGGUCAAAAGGCGCCCCGGGAAGGGGCUCAUCAGUUUUUAGCUCACCUGUCACAAAGUGACAAGGUGAGCUUUUGUGAUCGUUUUUCGUCCGGCGCCCUUCUGUCCGUAAACUUUUACUUUAAAUGACAUCUCCUCAUAAACCACUAAGCCAAUUUCAUCCAAACUUCACAGGAAUGUUCCUUUGGUGGUCACCUUUAAAAAUUGUUCAAAGAAUUUAAUUCCAUGCAGAACUCUGGUUGCCAUGGCAACCGAAAGAAAAAAAAAUAUCUUCUUUUAAAAAACCCUAAGAACUAUAGCUUAGAUAUUUGGCAUGAAACAUCUUCUAGUGAGUGUCUACCAAGUUUGUUCAAAUUAAAUCCCUGGGGUCAAAAUUGGCCCCGCCCCGGGGGGUCAUUGUUUUUCCCUAUAUGCAUAAAGUAAAAACUGAAAAAAUCUUCUUUUAAAGAACCCAAAGAGCUAGAGCUAAGAUAUUGAGCAUGAAACAUUUUCUAAUGGGUGUCUACCAAGUUUGUUCAAAUAAAAGCCCUAGGGUCAAAAUUGGCCCCGCCCCGGGGGUCAUUGAUUUUCCCUAUAUGCAUAUAGUAAAAACUUAAAAAAUCUUCUUUUAAAGAACCCAAAGAGCUAGAGCUAAGAUAUUCAGCAUGAAACAUGUUCUAAUGAGUGUCUACCAAGUUUGUUCAAAUAAAAGCCCAUGGGUCAAAAUUGACCCCGCCCCAGGGGGUCAUUGAUUUUCCCUAUAUGCAUAUAGUAAAAUCUUAAAAAAUCUUCUUGCAAAGAACUCAAAGAGCCAGAGCUAAGAUAUUUAGCAUGAAACAUGUUCUAAUGGGUGUCUACCAAGUUUGUUUAAAUUAAAGCCCUGGGGCCAAAAUUAGCCCCGCCCCGGGGGUCAUUGAUUUUCCUUAUAUGAUUAUAGCAAAACUUUAAAAAAAGCUUCUUUGAAAAAACCCAAAUAGCUAGAGUUUUGAUAUGAGGCAUGAAACAUCUUCUAGUGAGUGUCUACAAAGUUUGUUCAAAUAAAAGCCCUGGGGUCAAAUUGGCCCCGCCCUGGGGGUCAUUGAUUUUCCCUAUUUGCAUAUAGUAAAAAUUUAAAAAAUCUUCUUUGAAAAAACCAAAUAGCUAGAUUUUAGAUAUUAAGCAUGAAACAUCUUCUAGUAAGUGUCUACAAAGUUUGUUCGAAUAAAAGCCCUGGGGUCAAAACUGGCCCCGCCCCAGGGGUGUCAUUGUUUUUAACUGUAUGUGUAUAGUAAAAACUUAAAAAUCUUCUUUUAAAAAACCCAAUGAGCUUGAGCUUAGAUGAUUAGCAUGAAAUAUCUUCUUAUUGAUGUGUACCAAGUUUGUUCAAAUAACAGCCCUCGGGUGAAAAUUGGCCCUGCCAGGGGAGGGGGAGGAGAGAUCAUUGUUUUUCAUUAUAUGUGUGUAGUAAAAACUUAACAUUGUGAAAUAAAAACUUAACAUUGUGAAACAUCUUCUAAUGAGUGUCUUCCAAGUUUGUUCAAAUAAAAGCCCUGGGAUUUAAACUGGCCCCGCUCCCGGGCCCUAUAUACAGGUGAGCGACCUCAGGGCCAUCAUAGCCCUCUUGUAAAAAAAGUGAUAUAGAGAAAUCUUUUAAAAUCUCCUUGUCAAAAUCCAUAAGGCAUAGAGCCUUGCUAUUUGGUAUGUAACAUGAUGAAGUGGUCCUCUCUAAAGAUUAUUUGCAAUUAUGUCCCUGGGAUGAAAAGGGGCCCUGCCAAGGGGCUUAUCGCUUUAAACUCACCUGUCACAGGUGAGCUUUUGUGCAACCGUAUUGUUUGUUGUCUGUCCGUGCGUUAACUUUUUCAUUCCAUUUACUACUUCUCAAAAACUGCCUAUCAAAAUUGAAUGAAACUUGGCAGACAUGUUCCUUGCAUGAAGCAAUAGUAUAGUUGUACAAGGAACUGAAUUCCAGCCUAUUUUUUUCUAAAUCUUUAAACAAAUGUUUUUGUCAAAAUCCACAAGGAGUAGAGCUUUGGUAUUUGGUGUGUAACUUCAUUAAGUGGUACUCAAGAAAGAACAGGCAUAUACCCAUGCCUCAGGUGAGCGACCCGGGACCCAACGGUCCUAUUGUUUUAGUAUCUUUUUUUAUCGAGUACCUAAAUUGAUCUGUUUUGGAUUUUCUAUUUUUACUCUUUAAUGCUCUUUGACCUGAGUGGAGCUCCUUUAAGUGAACUUUAAAUGAUUAUUAUUUUAAGAUUACAUAGAUAAACCAAAGGAAAGUAUAAACAUGCUUAACUGUAAAUUAAGAUGUGUUAGUAUAUACUGUUAGUCAUACACUGUAUAAUAAUACCAGUUUCCGGCUGUCCUUCGGGAUAUGUAUCAGUUCUUGGCUGCUCCACCGGGUUAUACACCAGUUUUCGGCUGCUCCUUGAGGGAAAUAUUCCAGUUCUCAGUGGCCACAAAGGGAUAAACAUGUAAACCAGUCCUUGUCUGCUCCUCAAAGAUAAUUAUAUACAUAUACAGCUAUAACGAGAUCGGUGUUAACUUGGGUAUCUCUUACAGUGUACAUAUAUUCAGCGUCACAUACAUAUUUUUCCGAAUUUUAACGGGGUAACUCCAUUGGCACGUCGUUUGUGUCAGUUUGUCUUAUUGAGAACACAAUGGUCAAUUAAGUGAGCAAUUAUUGACCAAUAAGCGAUCAAAUGUGGCAGCCUUCUUUUGUCAGCACUUCAGCCUCAAUUGUUCUCUAGGUGAUGAAAUAUUAUAACAUAACACAUGUAAAUGAUUAAUUAUUAUGCCCCCACUUCAAAGAAGAGGGGGUAUAUUGCUUUGCACUUGUCGGUCCGCCGGUCGUAGACCAUAUGGUUUCCGAGUGAUAACUAAAGAACGCUUAGGCCUAGGAACUUUAAACUUUGAAUGGUGAUUGGUCAUGACAAGCAGGUGACCCCUAUUGAUUUUUGGGUCAGGGGGUCAAAGGUCAAGGUCACAUUGGCCUUGUAGGUAAAAACAGUUUCCGAAUGCUUAGGCCUAGGAACAUCAAACUUGAUAUGAUGAUUGGUCAUGACCAGCAGAUGACCCCUAUUGAUUCUGGGGUCAAGGGGUCAAAGGUCAAGGUCACAUUGACCCUGUAGGUAAAAAUGGUUUCCGAUCAAUAACUUAAGAAUGCUUAGGCCUAGGAACUUCAAACGUGAUAUGGUGAUUGGACAUGACCAGCAGAUGACCCCUAUUGAUUUUGGGGUCAAGGGGUCAAAGGUCAAGGUCACAUUGACCUUGUAGGUAAAAACGGUUUCCGAUUAAUAACUAAAGAACGCUUAGGCCUAUGAACUUCAAACUUGGUAUGAUGAUUGGUCAUGACAAGCAGAUGACCCCUAUUGAUUUAGGGGUAAAAUGUCAGGGUCACAUUGACCGUGUAGGUGAAAACAGUUUCCAAUCAAUAACUUAAAAACGCUUAGGCCUAGAAACUUCAAACUUGGUAUGAUGAUUGGUCAUGACCAGUAUAUGACCCCUAUUAAUUUUGGGGUCAAUGGGUCAAUGUCAUAUUGACCUUGUACUUAAUGAUGGUUUGUGACCAAUAACUUAACAACUCCAGUUGCCUUGGUUGAUAUUUUAUAUUAAACUAAAAAUGCUUUUGGUAUACACAUUUGAAUGUCUUAUGUAAUAUAACAACUUGGCUGUCAUUAAUGAGGCCUACAUGAUUCAUAAAAUGUAUGCAUAUAUUAUUUGUAAGAUUUGUAAUAACCUAAAUUGCUGCACACAACGUAUGGGGUCACAAUACUUAUUACCUUGUGACUAGUCAUGACCUGUAGAGACUACAUAACCCUUAUUAAUUGUUUGUUCACUGGGUCCGAAGUCAUGCAUAAUAACCUGAUCAUAUGACUAAUUGGCUGCCGAUAGGGGGCAUACAUGUUUUACAAACAUAUCUUGUUACACAUGACAUCGCUUAUUAUCCCCGCAGAUGGAAUCGGGAGGGGGAUAUUGUUUUGGCGUUGUACAUCCUUCCGUCUGUCUGAAUUUAGUUUUGCACUAGUUCUUUGCAACUGCUGGCUGGAAUUAAAUGAAACUUUAUGGGAAUCAUCAAUAUCAAGAGGAGAUGGGCAUAUCAUCGGCUUGUUCCAGUUGGAACUUUUACUCUGAGUUAUGGUCAUUAAUUAGUUAUGCAUUAUGCAUAUAGAGUAAAAAUCGUUUUUGCCCUACUUCUCAGCAAAUGCUUGCUGGAAUUCAAGAAAACAUUAUGGGAACUUUUAAUACCAAGAGGAGAUUUUCAAUCGUCGGCUUGUUCUGGUCAGACACUUAAAUUCAGAGUUUUUGCCCUUGAUUUGUUAUGCAGUAUACAUAUAGAGUAAAAAUCGUUUCCGCACUACUUCUCUGCAACUACUGGCUGGAAUUCAACGAAACUUCAUAAGAACCUUCAAUACCAAGAGGAGAUGCGAAUAUUGUCCCAUUGUUCCGGUCAGACACUUAAACUCAGAGUUAUGGCCCUUGAUUAAUAAUGCAGUAUGCAUAUAGAAAAAUAAUCAUUUCCGCAUUACUUCUCUCCAACUACUGGCUGGAAUUCAACAAAACUUUAUGGGAACCUUCUAUACCAAGAGGAGAUGCGCAUAUCGUCGCCUUGUUCUGGUCAGACACGUUAACUCAGAGUUAUGACCCUUGAUUAAUUUUGCCUUAUGCAUAUAGAGCAAUAAUAAUUUCCGCGCUACUUCUCUGCAAUUACUGGCUGGAAUUUAACAAAACUUUAUGGGAACCUUCAAUACGAAGGAGAUGCGCAUAUUGCUGCCUUGUUCCGGUCAGCGAUUAAAUCAGAGUUAUGGCCCUUGGUUAGUUAUGCAGUAUACAUAUAGAGCAGAAAUCGUUUCCUCGCUACUUCUCUACAACUACUUGCUGCAAUUCAAUUAAACUUUAUGGGAACCAUUUAUACCAAGAUGAGAUGUGCAUAAUAGAUCCUUCAUUACAGAGUAUUGGCCCUUGAUUAGUUAUGUCACUUUUUAAAUAAGGAAUCUUAAUGCCUUUUUUUAGCUCACCAGAGCCAAAGGCUCAGGUGAGCUAUAGUAUCAAAGGGGGAUACUCUGUCGUCUGUCGUCAUGCGUCAACAAUCUUCUUCUCUGAAACUGCUGGGCAGAUUUACUUCAACUUUGGUCUGUAGCAUCCUUGUGAUAGUAACACUUGAAUUUGCUCAUGUCAUUUCAAUUGGCCCCUUUUAGGGGUCAACAGAGCUAAAAUAGAAAAACAUUUAAACAUCGUCUACUAUAGAACUAAUUGAUGGAUGAUCACCAAACUUUGUCUGUAUCCUUCUUUGGUAGUCUUUUAUCACGUUUGCCCAUAUUAAUUCGAUUGGCCCCUUUCAGGUGCCGCUAAAGCUAAAAAUAGAAAUACCUUUAAACAUCUAUAUCUAGAGAACUAAUUGAUAAAUGAUCACCAAAUUUUGUCUGUAUCAUUCUUAGGUAGCCUUUUAUCAAAUUUGCUCAUAUCAAUUUGAUUGGCUCCUUUCAGAGGUCUCUAAGGGCUAAAAAUAGAAAAACUUCAACCCUCUUCUUCUACAGAACUUGUGGAUGGAUGAUCUCCAACUUUUGUCUGUAACAUUCUUGGGUAGCAUUUUAUCAAGUUUGCUCAUAUUAAUUUGAUUGGCCCCUUUUAGGGGCCGCUAAAUCUAAAAAUAGAAAUACCUUUAAACAUCUAUAUCUAGAGAACUUAUUGAUGGAUGAUCACCAAACUUUGUCUGUAGCAUUCUAAGAUAGUCUUUUUUUAUCAAAUUUGCUGAUAUUAAUUUGAUUGGCCCCUUUUAGCUGUCUCUUGGAAUUAAAAAUAGAAAACCCUUUAAACGUCUUCUUCUACAGAAAUAAUUGAUGGAUGAUCACCAAACUCUGUCUGUAGCAUUCUUGGAUAGUCUUAUAUCAAGUUUGCUCAAAUUAUUGUGAUUGGCCCCUUUUAGGGGCAGCUGAAGCUAAAAAUAGAAAUACCUUUAAACGUCUAUUUCUACAGAACUAAUUGAUGGAUGAUCACUUAACUUUGUCUGUAAUAUUUUGGGUAGUCUUUUAUCAAGUUUGCUCAUAUUAAUUUGAUUGGCCCCUUUUAAGUGCUUAAGCUAAAAAUAGAAAUACCGUUAAAUUUCUUUUACACAGAACUAAUUGACGGAUUACCACCAAACUUUGUAGCACUCUUAGCUACGCUUUUAACAAAUUUGCUCAUAUUAAUUUGACUGGCCCCUUUUAGGGACCACUAAAGCCAAAAAUAGAAAAAAAACCUUUGAAAAUCAUUUCCUAUUGAAAUAAUUGAUAGAUGAUCACCAAACUUUGUAGCAUUAUUAGGUAGUCUUUUAUCAAGUUUGCUCAUAUUAAUUUGAUUGGCUCAAAUUUAAUAUCAGAAAAUAUUGACAAUGGAUAAUAUCCAACACUGAAAAGCAGUUGUUUCUGGUGAGCGACUCAGGGCCAUCAUGACCCUCUUGUAUAAUGCAUACAUGUACCUUCAUCCUAUUUUUGAUUAUUGUUGUAAUAUAUGGGGGAAAGAAAACAAAAAAAUGUAUAUGCCAAAUAUACAAAAUACAAACCCCAGUUUAAUGCAAAAUUGUUCUAGACCUUACAAUGAGAAAACGAUCAGAGAAUUUUUACAAAAGAUUAAAAAUGUUGCCUUUCAAAAAAAGAUUUAUUUUUCACAUCGGUGUCCAAGUAUAUAAAGCACUGAAUAAUAUAUCCCCUCAAUAUGUCCGAGACUUACUUACCAUAUCAAAUAAUCAAAAGUAUAAUCUCAGAUCGAUAUCUCAUCGUCUUACAAACCACGUAGUAAUUAUUUUAAUGACACACUCCAAUUUAAUCCCAUGGUUAUUUGGAAUUCCAUACCGCUUACUAUAAGAAGAAAAACAAAAUUGUCAAUAUUUAAGAAUAGUUUAAAGAAAUACUUAUUUAAUCAACUUUAGCACGGUCCGUGUGUAUUAUAUAUACAAGAUACGCUCUUUAUAUUCAUACAUGUGUUUUUUAUUAUUAUGUUUUCAAAUAAUGGGUGUCUGUCUUAGUUUUAAGUUUUUGAUUGUGUUAAUUUUGUAAAUAAGUUUUACUUUUUUAAAUUGCAGAUUAAAAUGAUGCUAUAUGGAAAGUAUUAUGUUUAAUGAUAAAUAAAAUGAAUUGUAUGAAUGUUCAGUAUACAUGUAUGUGUUAAGAUAUAUGUUAAAAUUGUGAUAAACCAUUUAAUAAUUUCUUUUACAUGUUAUAUUUUCUUUGACUGAUAUGUGUUAUUUUGUGUGUGCGUUUUUAUUUUUUUAGCUCGACUAUUCGAAGAAUAUGAGAGCUAUUGUAGUCGCCCCGGCGUCGACGUCAGCGUCCGUGUCGGCGUCUGCGUUGGUUAAAGUCUUUUGUAAAUUCAAAUAUCUCAAUUAUUGAAUAUUCAAUUGAAACUUACAAUACUUACUUAUAGCAUCAAUAUACAUCAGAUUGACAAGUAAGAUAACUCUGCCUACAAUAUUUUCAGAAUUAUGCCCCUUUUUACCUUAGAAAUUUUGGUUAAAGUUUUUUUGUAAAGUCAAAUAUCUCAAUUAUUGCUUGAGAUAUUCAAUUGAAACUUACAGUACUUAUUUAUAAUAACAAUGUACAUCAGGUUAACAAGCAGGAUUACUCUGCCUAUAAUAUUUUCAGAAUUAUGCCCCUUUAUAACUUAGAAAUUUUGGUUAAAGUUUUUUUGUAAAGUCAAAUAUCUUAAUUAUUGCUUGAGAUAUCCAAUUGAAAUUUAAAAUACUUUUUAUAGUAACAAUGUACAUCAGUUUGCAAAAUUGCAUAACUCUGUCUGCAAUAUUUGCAGAAUUAUUUGCCCCUUUGAAACUUAGAAAUUUUGGUUAAAGGUUAAAGGUCUUCAAGGAUAUUUACUUGAAACUUUACACAUGUACUAAGGGUCAUAAUUGGGGAGUCAUAAUGGUAUGUCACCGACCAAGUUCCAUAACUCUACUCGCAUUUAGGCUGAUUCAUCUCCCCUGUUCUACUUAGUCUCUUGGUUAAUGUUUACAUGAAAGUUUUUCAUAUCUCAAUAACUAUUAAAGAUAAUUAUUUUAAACUUCACAUAUGCAUUUAGAAUCAUAAUUGCAGGUCCAUAAUUCUAUCUUGCAUUUAGGCUGAUUUUUCUCCCCUUUUUUCAACUUAGAAAUUCAUGGUAAAGCUUUGUUUGUAAGCUGUUAUCUCCAUAACUACUGAAGAGUUUGUUCCUUUUUGGGUCAUGUUUAUGCAUUCAUAAUCAUAAAGCAGUGUUUUACUUGAUAAAACAUCUUAAUAACAAGCCUUUGUACCUUUUCGGUCAAUUUUAUGUAUUCAUAGGUAAUAAGCAUUAUUAUACUCAAUAAAACACCCUUGUGACAACUUUUUGAAUAGUCGAGCCAAUACUGACCUCCGACAGAUCUUGUUUAUUUUAGAAGGCUGCAUUGUAAAUAAGAUGUUGCAAUCUGUAUAUAUCUUAAUGUGUUACCUUUGAUAAAUAAAGUUAUUAUUAUUAUUAUUAUUAGCUCGAUUAUUCGAAGAAUAUGAGAGCUAUUGUAGUUGUCCCGGCGUCUGUGUCUGCGUUGGUUAAAGUUUUUUUGUAAAUUCAAAUAUCUCAAUAAUUGCUUGAGAUACUCAAUUGAAACUUACAAUACUUAUUUAUAGUAACAAUGUACAUUAGAGUGACAAGUUGGAUAACUCUGCCUACAAUAUUGACAGAAAUAUGCCCCGUUUUAACUUAGAAAUUUUGGUUAAAGUUUUUUGUAAAGUCAAAUAUCUCAAUUAUUGCUUGAGAUAUUCAAUUGAAACUUACAAUACUUAUAUAUAGUAACAAUGUACAUCAGAUUGACAAGUCGGAUAACUCUGCCUACAAUAUUGACAGAAAUAUGCCCCUUUUUAACUUAGAGAUUUUGGUAUGAACACAUGCAUCAAACAUGUUUGUUUGUUAUUUAUUCAAGUAUAUUUGUAAACAUACAAUUAACAUGUACACGAUGACAGAACUUUAUUGUCCAAAUUUAUACUUAAAAAAAUCUAUAUGAAGUUAGGAUAAGUUAAUGCUACAAUAUGUUAUGUCAAUUGUUCAAUAUAUAUUUAACAUGAAUGUUUAAAACUUUAGACAUUGAACAGUAUCUAGUAGACAUUAUUCUGCUAUCAUAAAUAAAAACUUGUAUGACAACACACUUAUUGAUUUUGAAACUUGCACAAUUUUAUUCACUUUAUUUGAAAUGUUACUUGUUUAACUUAAAUAAGUCGGUUUUAUAGGAAGAUUUGGAAGUUAAUAAAUAAGUUAAGAUUUAGACAUUGGUUGACUAACACUUUGUCUAAUAAAAAGGUUAAAAGUUAAAAUCAUCGGAAUUGACACAAUUCUAUUCACUUUGUAUGGAAAUUUGUUUGUUUUUUUGUGAAAUGAGUUUGUUUAAUUUAAGAAUAGGAAGUUUAUAAGUUACUUUAGAUUUCUAUCAUUGAUUGGCUAAUAUACUGUUUAAAUGCAUGUCUUUAACACUAUAUAUUGUUUAGGUUAAACAGAUUAAAUUUUAUCAGAACGGAAACAAUAGAUCAAUGGUGACAUGUAUAUCAGUAUAGAGAGAUGUUUAUAAAAUGUAGGCAAUAUAUAACAUUUAGAUCUGGUCAUAGAACCUUUAUGAGAACAUUGUUAUUCUACUGGUUUUGUUAUAAAUGUAAUACUUUAAGA